AUGACUCCUUAUGUCUUUAAACGACGUCCAGAUGGUGUUCAUGUCAUUAAUAUUGGUAAAACAUGGGAAAAGUUGAUUUUCGCAGCCCGUAUCAUUGCGACCAUAGAAAAUCCUGCCGAUGUUUGUGUUAUUUCAGCUCGUCCAUAUGGUCAAAGAGCAGUAUUAAAAUUUGCAUCUUAUACACAAGCUCAACCUAUAGCCGGUAGAUUUACUCCAGGCACAUUUACAAAUUAUAUCACUCGCUCUUUCAAGGAACCCAGAUUAAUCAUAGUAACUGAUCCACGUAGUGAUCAUCAAGCUAUCAAAGAAGCCUCAUAUGUCAACAUCCCGGUGAUUGCAUUGUGUGACACAGAUUCUCCUCUUAAAUUUGUAGAUGUCGCAAUUCCAACCAACAAUAAGGGUAAACAUGCUAUCGGUUUAAUAUACUGGUUAUUGGCUCGUGAAGUUCUUCGUCUUCGUGGUACCAUUUCUCGCGAAGAAUCAUGGGGUGUAAUGGUUGAUAUGUUCUUUUAUCGUGAUCCUGAGGAAGUUGAAAAGGAAGCUGAAGUAGUUGCCGCAGAAAAAGUUACUUAUGAGACAUAUGAAAAUGAGACUAACUGGAAUCAACACGAUGCUCAAAGUGGCUGGGAUGCGUCUGGUACAACAUCUAUUGGUGGAGUUAAUCCUGAAAUCGUUGCCGCAGCUACAGCCAAUGCUGGAGCAUCAAAUUGGGAUGUACCAGAUACAAGUGGAGGAGGAAGUUGGGGUGAUAUUCUUGAAUCAACUACUACUGUUAUCGAAACAACCGCUCAAACUGAGACUCCUGUUGUUACUACUACAACUACCACAACCAUCGUCACUGAAACUAGUGGUGGUGAUUGGUCAGUAGAAGCUAAUACUACAGGUGCAGGAGGUUGGGACCCUGAAGCACCAAGCGGAGAUUGGGCAAAUGAAACUGCUCAAGAAGAAACCAGUACAGGAUGGGAUUAA